AUGUCCCAGCUGGUGCCUUCGUGCAGCUCUGCUGCCGCCCUUGUCGCUGUCCUGCUCGGCUGUGCCUGCCUCAGCUCGGCUGCUCCGGGUGAGUCGCACGGCAGGGGGCGAAGCUUCAUCCUCCUCAGCCCUGAAGAAGAAGCCACCUGCCCUGGGGCCUCUGCAGAAUCUCUCCUCAGCAGCAGCCUCACCACCCUCCUCCUGCCUGCCCUCUACUCGCUGGUGCUGCUGGUGGGGCUGCCAGCCAACGCCUUGGCCUGCUGGGUCCUGGUGGCCAAUUUCAGGAGGUGUUCCAGCAGCCUCUUCUUGCUCAACUUGGCCGCUGCCCACCUGCUCUUCAUCCUGGUGCUGCCUCUGAAGAUCUCCUACCACCUGCUGGGCAACCACUGGCCCUUUGGGGAACACCUGUGCCGCGCCCUGGUGGCCUCCUUCUACGGCAACCUCUACAGCUCCAUCCUCUUCGUCACCUGCAUCGGCCUGGAGCGCUACGUCUCCGUGGUGCAUCCCUUCCUGUGGAAGGGCUCCAGCUGGACGCGGGGCAAGGCAGCCCUCUGCCUGCUCAUCUGGCUGCUGGUGGGGCUGGGCAUGACCCCCCUUCUUCUGCACCCCCAGACCAGACCCGUCCCCAGCCUGAACGUCACCACCUGCCACGAUGUCCUGGAGAGGGAGCAGCACAAGGACCUCACCAACUAUUUCCUCCUCUUGGUGGGGCUGGGCUUUGGCUUGCCCUUUGUCCUCAUGACCAUCUCCUACAGCUGCAUCCUGGCACGGCUGCUGGCCAAGGGCAGGCAGCACAGGCAGGUGGUGAGGGUCCUGGCCUUGGUCCUUCUGCUCUUCCUCUUCUGCUUCACCCCCAGCAAUGUGCUGCUCUUCAUCCACAGCGUGCUGAAGACCUCGGGGUGCAGCACCAACAUCAGCUACCUGCUGUACACCGUGGCCCUGGUGCUGGCUGCCCUCAGCAACUGCUUUGAUCCCUUCCUCUACUUCUACAGCUCCCAGGAUUUCCGGGGCUGGGUGCAGAGGGCAGGCAGCUGCUGCCUGACUGGGCUGGAGACCUCCUCAGGGAGGACCUCAGAGAAGGCAGCCUUGCCCCUGAGGUCCAGCGAGCAGAGCCAGCUGUAG